GGCAGGCGGUGGCGGGGCGGGCCGGGAGAAGCAGCCAUGGCUGGACAUGACUCAGGAUCUCAACACCAGUUCACUGGAUUUCAGAAAUACUUCAAUUCCUAUACCAUCACAGGCAGGAGGAAUUAUGUCAUAGCAACAUACACAAGUAUUGCAAUGCUCAUCUUGUAUUUCAAGCUUAGACCUAAAAAGAAAACUCCUGCUGUGGCAGAUAAGUAAAUGGUUGCUGGCAUGUCUGAACCUCCAGUCUGUGUCACUGUAAUGCAAGCUGAUGACCUGUCGUGGCUAAUAAAAUAUCAAUAAUUACUUGUUUUAUUGGAAAUAUGAAAUGGUGCAAAAAA